CGGCGAGAUUGGGGCCCAGCGUCCGCCAGAGCCAGCCUGGCACAGGAGAGCCAGGGCGGCUCGCAGCCAGGCCAGGGCCCUGUUGCGAGUGCGGGCCGCCCGAGCGGUCCUGCAGCAGCACCACAGCUGCAACAGCAUGCCCAGCGACCCAGGUCCACCAUGGCGUUCUGCAGGUCCCGACACACGGCGUUGCGGUGCGUGUAAUCAUGAAUUGGCAGUCGUCGCUUUCGUGUGUGCUUUGUUCUCCAGCCCCGCAGCGCAGCCACGGCCGUUCCAGAGGAAGAUCCAGACCCAGACAGUCAGAUGGGCAUCGGGGUCAAUCGACACCAGCUCCUACUACGGGAACUGGCUCACGGGCUUCUUCGGAACAGCCAGCUACAGCUCAGAGUCAGUCUUCGUCUCCAGUGUCCACUGCGCAAGGACUGAUCCCUGCUUCCCCCGCAGACGCCCGCCAACAUUCAUGCUGGGUAGACCCACCGAGCGGGACCAAGGAGCUGGCAGCCUACAGGUCCCAGAUCAAAUCGACUUUGUCCCUAAAGGCCCACUUGACCAGCAAGAAGGCUCUUGCAGCCUCAGCAGAGAUGCUCCGCCCCAUCGAGACCGAGUACAGUGUCUAUGUGUACAUGCACAUCCACGCCUACGCGCCGUGA